CUCUCACUGCACAGCUCAUCAGGACCUCAGCCAUGAGACUUCUCAUCCUGGCCUUCCUCGGGAUCUGCUGUCUCGCUGCAUACACUGUGGAAGGUGUGGGGACUGAAGUCCUAGACAAGACCAUCUGUGUGAGUCUGACUACCCAGCGACUGCCAAUUAAAAAACUCAAGACCUACAACAUCAAGGAGGGCCCCAUGAAAGCAGUGAUAUUUAUUACCAGACGUGGCCUUAAAGUCUGUGCUGAUCCACAAGUUGAAUGGGUGAAAAAAACAGUCCGAACAAUAGACAAGUCCACCAGGAGAAAUGUGAGCCAGACCAAGCCUACAGGAGCCCAACAAUCCAGCAAUACAGCUGUGACCCUGAGUGGGUAGUGACCCUCUGGCAUCUUUUCCCCUCACUAGCCAGGCAGCUCGUUUCCCUUUAAAGCUCAUGAACUAAUUAUGUUAUAUUCACCUUUAAUAAAAGUGCUGCAUGAGUCAAAUUAUUUUUUUAUAUUUUUUAUGUCUUUCAUAUUAAUUUAGAUGCUCUAAUUAAUAAAUAUUUAUUAAUAAGAA